ACGUCUCCGAAUGUUGUUGUUGGUGGCGGCGGCGAGCGGAGCCGGAGGAGCCGCCGCAAAGAUGGAGGAGCCGUCGAGGAGGCGCUGCCGCUGCUGCCGCCGCCGCUGCUGCCGCCGCCGCCCGCGAAGCCGGAGCUCGAGCCGCAGGGGGGAUGCCGUUCUGAGUGCCUGACUGCCUCGCCCCGAAGGAUGGCCUCUGAUGGGCAUUAGAGGCACAGCGGCCCCGGGCUCCUGUCCCGUCCGUCUGUCUGUUUUCGUCUGUCUCUCUUGACAUCACCGCAGCUCCACCCCCUCCCGUCCCAGCCCCCAACGCCAGCUUCCUGUGGGCCCAGAGCCGGCAUGAACUCUCCCACCGAGUCGGGAGGCAGUGGGCUGUGGUGGUUAGCACUCAGACUGGAGCCUCAGACAUCCCGGCCUUACCAUUUAAGCAGCUGUAUGACCUAGAGUGAGUGACUUCAUCUCUGCCUCAGUUUCCCCAUCUGCACCUAUCUCCUGAGGUCAUCGUGCAGAGUAAACGAGAUGGGAUGUCAGGCCGGGAACCAUCCUUGGAAAUCCUGCCUCGGACCCCUCUACACGGCAUCCCUGUGGCAGUGGAGGUGAAGCCGGUGCUGCCGGGAGCCAUGCCCAGCUCCAUGGGGGGCGGGGGUGGAGGCAGCCCCAGCCCCGCGGAGCUGCGGGGUGCCCUGGCGGGCCCUGUGGACCCCUCACUGAGGGAGCAGCAGCUGCAGCAGGAGCUCCUGGCACUCAAGCAGCAGCAGCAGCUGCAGAAGCAGCUCCUGUUCGCCGAGUUCCAGAAACAGCACGACCACCUGACGCGGCAGCAUGAGGUCCAGCUGCAGAAGCACCUCAAGCAGCAGCAGGAGAUGCUGGCGGCCAAGAGGCAGCAGGAGCUGGAGCAGCAGCGGCAGCGGGAGCAGCAGCGGCAGGAAGAGCUGGAGAAGCAGCGGCUGGAGCAGCAGCUGCUCAUCCUGCGAAACAAGGAGAAGAGCAAAGAGAGUGCCAUCGCCAGCACUGAGGUGAAGCUGAGGCUCCAGGAAUUCCUCUUGUCGAAGUCAAAGGAGCCCACACCAGGCGGCCUCAACCAUUCCCUCCCACAGCAUCCCAAAUGCUGGGGAGCCCACCAUGCUUCUUUGGACCAGAGUUCCCCUCCCCAGAGUGGCCCCCCUGGGACGCCUCCCUCCUACAAACUGCCUUUGCUUGGGCCCUAUGACAGCCGCGAUGACUUCCCCCUCCGCAAAACAGCCUCUGAACCCAACUUGAAAGUGCGUUCGAGGCUAAAGCAGAAGGUGGCUGAGCGGAGAAGCAGUCCCCUCCUGCGUCGCAAGGAUGGGACAGUCAUUAGCACCUUUAAGAAGAGAGCCGUUGAGAUCACUGGUGCUGGGCCUGGAGUGUCGUCCGUGUGUAACAGCGCACCAGGCUCCGGCCCCAGCUCUCCCAACAGCUCCCACAGCACCAUUGCUGAGAAUGGCUUUACUGGCUCAGUCCCCAACAUCCCCACUGAGAUGCUCCCCCAGCACCGGGCCCUCCCUCUGGACAGCUCCCCCAACCAGUUCAGCCUCUACACGUCUCCCUCUCUGCCCAACAUCUCCCUAGGGCUGCAGGCCACAGUCACUGUCACCAACUCGCACCUCACGGCCUCCCCGAAGCUGUCGACGCAGCAGGAGGCCGAGAGGCAGGCCCUCCAGUCCCUGCGGCAGGGUGGCGCGCUGACGGGCAAGUUCAUGAGCACAUCCUCCAUCCCCGGCUGCCUGCUGGGCGUGGCGCUGGAGGGUGACACCAGCCCCCACGGGCAUGCCUCCCUGCUGCAGCACGUGCUGCUGCUGGAGCAGGCUCGGCAGCAAAGCACCCUCAUCGCUGUGCCACUCCACGGGCAGUCCCCGCUGGUGACAGGUGAACGUGUGGCCACCAGCAUGCGGACAGUGGGCAAGCUCCCGCGGCACCGGCCCUUGAGCCGCACUCAGUCCUCCCCGCUACCCCAGAGCCCCCAGGCCCUGCAGCAGCUGGUCAUGCAGCAGCAGCACCAGCAGUUCCUGGAGAAACAGAAGCAACAGCAGCUGCAGCUGGGCAAGAUCCUCACCAAGACUGGGGAGCUGCCACGGCAGCCCACCACCCACCCCGAGGAGACAGAGGAGGAGCUGACUGAGCAGCAGGAGGCCUUGCUUGGGGAGGGGGCCCUGACCAUCCCCCGGGAAGGCUCCACGGAGAGUGAGAGUACGCAGGAAGACCUGGAGGAGGAGGAAGAGGAGGAGGAGGAGGAGGAGGAAGAGGAGGAGGAGGACUGCAUCCAGGUCAAGGACGAGGAGGGCGAGAGCGGCACUGAGGAGGGGCCCGACUCAGAGGAGUCCAGUGCUGGUUACAAGAAGGUGUUCUCAGAUGCCCAGCAGCUGCAGCCCCUUCAGGUGUAUCAGGCACCCCUCAGCCUGGCCACUGUGCCCCACCAGGCCCUGGGCCGCACCCAGUCCUCACCUGCUGCCCCUGGGGGCAUGAAGAGCCCCCCAGACCAGCCCACCAAGCACCUCUUCACCACAGGUGUGGUCUACGACACGUUCAUGCUGAAGCAUCAGUGCAUGUGCGGGAACACACACGUGCACCCUGAGCAUGCCGGCCGGAUCCAGAGCAUCUGGUCUCGGCUGCAGGAGACAGGCCUGCUUAGCAAGUGUGAGCGGAUCCGGGGUCGCAAAGCCACACUGGACGAGAUCCAGACGGUGCACUCCGAAUACCACACCCUGCUCUAUGGGACCAGCCCCCUCAACCGACAGAAGCUUGACAGCAAGAAGCUGCUUGGCCCCAUCAGCCAGAAGAUGUAUGCCAUGCUGCCUUGUGGGGGCAUUGGGGUGGACAGUGACACUGUGUGGAACGAGAUGCACUCCUCCAGUGCUGUGCGCAUGGCAGUGGGCUGCCUGGUAGAGCUGGCUUUCAAGGUGGCAGCAGGAGAGCUCAAGAAUGGAUUUGCCAUCAUCCGGCCCCCAGGACACCACGCAGAGGAAUCCACAGCCAUGGGAUUCUGCUUCUUCAACUCUGUAGCCAUCACAGCCAAACUCCUACAGCAGAAGCUGAACGUGGGCAAGGUUCUCAUCGUGGACUGGGACAUUCACCACGGCAAUGGCACCCAACAAGCGUUUUACAAUGACCCGUCUGUGCUCUACAUCUCCCUGCAUCGCUAUGACAACGGGAACUUCUUUCCAGGCUCUGGGGCUCCUGAAGAGGUUGGCGGAGGGCCAGGUGUGGGGUACAAUGUGAACGUGGCAUGGACGGGAGGUGUGGAUCCCCCCAUCGGAGAUGUGGAGUACCUAACGGCCUUCAGGACAGUGGUGAUGCCCAUUGCCCACGAGUUCUCACCUGACGUGGUCCUGGUCUCUGCCGGGUUUGAUGCUGUUGAGGGACACCUGUCUCCACUGGGUGGCUACUCUGUCACCGCCAGAUGUUUUGGCCACUUAACCAGGCAGCUGAUGACGCUGGCAGGGGGCCGGGUGGUGCUGGCCCUGGAGGGAGGCCACGACUUGACCGCCAUCUGUGAUGCCUCUGAGGCCUGUGUCUCAGCCCUGCUCAGCGUGGAGCUGCAGCCCUUGGACGAGGCAGUCUUGCAACAAAAGCCCAACAUCAACGCAGUGGCCACGCUAGAGAAAGUCAUCGAGAUCCAGAGCAAACACUGGAGCUGCGUACAGAGGUUCGCUGCUGGUCUAGGCCGUUCCCUGCGGGAGGCCCAGGCAGGGGAGACGGAGGAGGCUGAGACUGUGAGCGCCAUGGCCUUGCUGUCGGUGGGGGCCGAGCAGGCCCAGGCUGCUGCAGCCCGGGAGCACAGCCCCAGGCCGGCAGAGGAGCCCAUGGAACAGGAGCCUGCCCUGUGACACCCUGGCCCCCGUCCCUCUGGGCUUCGUCAUUGUGAUUUUGUUUAUUUUUUCUAUUAAAAACAAAAAGUCACACAUUCAA